CAAAAAUAAAACAUUCUAUUUCUUUCUUUUUUAUUUUGUUUUUGUUUUUUCUUUUUCUUUCAGUGAAAGAGAAAUGGAUGCCUCGUUUAUUAAAACACCUGAGGAGGUCUGUCAAUACUUUAAUGUAGACAGAUCUAAAGGUUUAAACGAAAGCCAAGUUAAAGAACAACAGAAAAAGUUUGGCAGAAAUGAACUUCCUGCUGAGGAAUCAACACCUAUUUAUAAAUUAAUCUUGGAGCAAUUUCAAGAUCAACUUGUUUUAAUUUUAUUAGGCGCAGCUAUUGUGUCAUUUGUAUUGGCCAUUUUUGAAGAUCAAGAUACGACUACGGCAUUUGUUGAACCUGCUGUAAUUUUGAUUAUUCUUAUUGCUAAUGCAACUGUUGGCGUUCUUCAAGAAUCAAGCGCAGAAAAGGCCAUUGACGCUUUACGCGAGUAUUCUCCUGAUGAAGCUAAAGUGCUUCGUAAUGGAGUCUUACGUAAAUUACGUUCAGAGGAAAUCGUGCCUGGUGACAUUAUUGAUUUAGCUGUCGGAGAUAAGAUACCUGCUGAUGCUCGUGUACUUUCAAUUGACUCUAGUGUGUUCCGUGUAGACCAGGCUAUAUUAACAGGUGAAUCUGUAAGCGUGGAAAAACAAGUAGAGGCAAUUAAGGAUAAAGAUGCAGUCAAACAAGAUCAGUGUAAUAUGCUAUUUUCGGGUACAACCUGUGUUCUCGGUAAGGCCAGAGCCAUUGUAGUGAAGACAGGUAUUUCAACCGCAAUUGGUGAUAUCCAUACCUCUAUAUCUGCUCAAAUAUCUGAAAAGACCCCUCUUAAACGUAAAUUGGACGAUUUUGGUGAUAUGCUUGCUAAAGUCAUUACAGUCAUUUGUAUUUUAGUAUGGGUUGUCAAUGUUCGUAAUUUUAAUCACCCUUCUCAUAAUGGAUGGUUAGGCGGUGCUGUUUACUAUUUUAAAAUUGCUGUUGCCCUCGCUGUGGCUGCUAUCCCUGAAGGUUUAGCGGCUGUUAUUACUGCUUGUCUUGCUUUGGGUACUAAAAAAAUGGCCAAACGUGGAGCGAUUGUUCGUAGUUUACCUAGUGUUGAAACACUUGGUUGCACUAGCGUCAUUUGUUCGGAUAAAACAGGUACUCUAACUACAAAUCAGAUGAGUGUGUCAAGAUUAGCUUUAAUAUCUAAUGGUUCUGGUGACUUGGAUGAAAUGGCUAUUGAUGGUACUAGUUAUGAACCUAUAGGUGAUGUUAAAUCAUUGGUGAAUCAUCAAAUCGUUACGCCUACUCAAAAUUCUGUCUUACAUGAUGUUGCACUUAUUUGUUCACUUUGUAAUGAUGCUCGUAUUGUAUAUGAUGCUUCAACCGAUAGCUAUACCAAUAUUGGUGAACCUACAGAAGCUGCACUUCAAGUUCUUGUUGAAAAAUUAGGUACCACAAGUAUGGAAUACAACCAACAAUUAAAGUCACUCUCAAAGCCUGAACGUUCAAUAGCUUGUAAUGAUUAUUUUAUGAAUCAAGCCAAACGUACAGCUACCCUUGAAUUUACACGUGAUCGUAAAUCGAUGUCUGUCAUUGUGGAUAACAAUACAUUAUUGGUAAAGGGUGCUCCCGAAUCUAUUAUCGAACGUUGCUCAUUUGUUCGUUUAUCAUCUAAUUCUGAAGCUGUUCCUCUAACUGCAGAAAUUCGUGAGAAAGUAAAUAAUAAAAUAUUAGAAUAUGGACAAGGCAUGGCUCUUCGUUGUAUUGGUUUAGCUAAAUUAGAAAAUGUGAAUCCUAGUCAAUUCGACUUGAAAGAUCAAACGAGGUUUGCUGAGUAUGAAAGUGGUAUGACAUUUAUUGGUCUCGUUGGCAUGAUGGAUCCUCCACGACCUGAAGUAGCUGACUCUAUUGCCAAAUGUAAGACUGCUGGUAUUCGUGUGAUUGUGAUUACGGGUGAUAAUAAGAAUACAGCUGAAGCUAUUUGUCGACAAAUUGGUGUUUUUGAUAUGAAUGAGGAUUUGAUGGGCAAGAGUUAUACUGGACGUGAAUUUGAUGUGUUAUCAGAUCAUGAAAAGAUUGAAGCUAUUAAACGUGCUAGUUUAUUCACACGUACAGAACCUGCACAUAAACAACAAUUAGUUGAUUUGCUCAAGGCCCACGGAGAAAUUGUUGCUAUGACAGGUGAUGGUGUCAAUGAUGCACCAGCAUUAAAGAAAGCAGAUAUUGGUAUUGCUAUGGGAUCAGGUACUGAUGUUGCUAAGCUUGCAGCUGAUAUGGUUUUAGCCGAUAACAAUUUUGCUACCAUCGAGAAAGCAGUAGAGGAAGGACGUAGUAUCUAUAACAAUACAAAGCAAUUUAUUCGUUAUCUGAUAUCAUCCAACAUUGGUGAAGUUGUUUCUAUUUUCUUGACUGUUCUCUUGGGAUUACCAGAAGCAUUAAUCCCAGUUCAGUUACUCUGGGUUAAUUUAGUAACAGAUGGACUCCCUGCUACUGCUUUAGGUUUCAAUCCCCCUGAUCAUGACAUUAUGAGACGCCCUCCUCGUAGCUCUAAGGAACCACUUGUAGGUGGCUGGUUAUUCUUUAGAUAUUUAUUUGUUGGUACCUAUGUUGGUGUUGCUACUGUUUUUGGUUACGUUUGGUGGUUUAUGUUCUAUUCUGGUGGUCCUCAAAUUUCAUACUAUCAAUUAUCUCAUUUCCAUCAUUGUUCUACAUUAUUCCCUGAAAUUGGAUGCGAAAUGUUCACAAAUACCUUUUCAAUGAAAGCAACUACAAUGAGUUUAUCCAUUUUAGUUGUUAUUGAAAUGUUUAAUGCAAUGAAUAGCUUGAGUGAGAAUGAAUCAUUAUUAACACUGCCUUUGUGGAGUAACCUUUAUCUUGUUUUAUCUAUUUGUUUAUCCAUGCUCUUACAUUUUAUGAUCUUGUAUGUUCCUUUCUUCAAUACCUUAUUUGCAAUUGUACCACUUAAUGUAGAAGAAUGGAUGGCAGUUUUAUGGAUUUCCCUUCCAGUUAUUAUUAUAGACGAAAUAUUGAAAUUUAUCACUCGUACAUGGAUUGCUCCUCCUACUACUCUUAAUCAACAAAAGAAAACCAAGAUUUUAUAAGUGAUAAACGAUAUAAUUAUAUAUUACAAUAAUAAAUAAAAAACGAAAACCACAUUUAACUGUA